UGCCCUUGAUGCCUCCGCCCAUAUAAAACCCUAAUUGUCCGGAGAGGAGACAGGCUGAGCCAGCGAUUUGGUCUUCUCUCGCUCUGGUUUUUUUGUAGAUCUCUCUCCCCGACUCCCCCCCUCUCUCUUUCCCCCUGUUUGAUCACCUCUGCUCUUCAAUCUCGAAACCGAAACCGAAACCAUGGCGGAUCAGCUCACAGACGAUCAGAUCUCCGAGUUCAAGGAGGCUUUCAGCUUGUUCGACAAGGAUGGAGACGGUUGCAUUACCACCAAGGAAUUGGGGACAGUGAUGCGAUCACUUGGGCAGAACCCAACAGAGGCAGAGCUCCAGGACAUGAUCAACGAGGUCGAUGCUGAUGGAAAUGGAACCAUCGACUUCCCUGAGUUCCUCAACCUCAUGGCCCGGAAGAUGAAGGACACCGACUCUGAGGAGGAGCUCAAGGAGGCUUUCAGGGUGUUCGACAAGGACCAGAAUGGUUUCAUUUCUGCAGCUGAGCUCCGCCAUGUCAUGACCAACCUUGGUGAAAAGCUCACAGACGAGGAGGUUGACGAGAUGAUUCGCGAGGCCGAUGUCGACGGUGAUGGACAGAUCAACUACGAGGAGUUUGUGAAGGUCAUGAUGGCCAAGUGGAUGGAAGGUGGACAAGAGAAGAGAAUGAAGAUACUCUGCCUCCAUGGAUUCCGGACCAGCGGGAAAUUUUUGCAGAAGCAAAUCAGCAAAUGGGAUCCUUCUAUCUUCUCUGAAUUUGACAUGGUCUUCCCUGAUGGCAUAUUUCCAGCAGGAGGUAAAUCAGAAAUUGAGGGCAUCUUCCCACCACCUUAUUGCGAGUGGUUCCAGUUCAACCCGGAUUUUACUGAGUACACCAAUCUGGAUGAGUGCAUCUCCUACCUUUGUGAUUUCAUAAUGAAAAAUGGUCCCUUUGAUGGACUGCUUGGCUUCUCUCAGGGUGCAACACUGUCAGCGCUUCUUUUGGGCUACCAAGCUCAGGGAAAGCUGUUGAAGGAGCAUCCCCCCAUGAAACUAUUUGUAUCAAUUUCUGGGAGCAAGUUCAGGGAUCCAAGCAUAUGUGAUGUCGCUUAUAAAGACCCAAUCAGGGUGAGAUCAGUUCACUUCAUAGGAGCCAAGGACUGGUUGAGAGUGCCCUCUGAAGAACUUGCAACUGCCUUUGAUAAACCCCUGAUCAUAAGGCAUCUCCAAGGUCACACAGUCCCCAGAUUAGAUGAAGCGGCCACUGAGCAGUUAAGAGGGUGGACCAGUGAAAUCAUCCAAGGUAUUGAUGUUUCAGACAACAUACAUGGGCUACAACUACAAAAUGGGGAAGCAAAGGCUACAGAGAAUGGCAUGCCAGAAGCAGUUCAAGAAACUGAUAAAACUGAGAAAAAUCCAUCAGACCCCAAAAUUGAGAAUAAGAAAUCUGAGCUAGAAGAUGCCCUUGAGAACAAGAAGACUGAGAACGACCUUGUGGAACUGAAGACCAAUGAAGAAAUCAAGGUAGAAGCAUAAGGUGGCUUUGCCAUUCCAGAAGGCUAUUAGAAAUAAAAAAAAUAAAAAAUAAAAAACAAGGCGGUGUUUAUGACUCUACUGUUUGGGUAUAAUUAUAAAUCACCUAUAUGAAGUAAUUAGUUAAUAAUCCUCUAGUGAGAAAGGGGCAUUUGUAUCCAACUAUCUAUUUUGUUUAGGAUCCACCAUCCAUUGAUGAGUCUUCAAGUUAUUUAAGUUGGGUUUUUUGUUUGAUU